AUGCCCAAUCAGUCCACCACACCGCUGGGCUUCAUGGACACCUACGCCGUCCAGGUGAUCAACGACACUGGAGAUGAGAAGAUUGCAUGCUGGGAUAUAGUCGGUCCGGGCAUUGGGUAUAGGUUUGCCAGCGAUACGUUGGCCCUGAAGGAACAGUGGAUUGCGGCCUUCCGGAGCUUCGCGCCUACAUCGCGACAGUCGGUCAACCCUAGCUCGAACCUGCCGUCGGCGACCACAUCUGGGGCGGUGGACCUGCGAGCCGAAGGGAUGAACGAGCUCGUCAGCACAGAGAAGGCGUACCUACAGAACCUCUACUCUACUAUCGAGCUGUACAAGAACAGCGAGGACCUCACGGACAUGGUGGGUCUGGCCGAGACGUACGUCCUCUUCGCAAACAUUGAAAUCCUCAGCCAAGUCAAUCGGCUCCUGUUGGCGAUGCUGGAGAAGGAGCACAAGCUGCCACCAGAACAGAACGUGGGCCGAGUGUUCCUAAGUAACCUGCAAGACCUGAACAGCAUGCUCAUCAAGCCAAUCCAGCGGAUCAGCAAGUACCCGCUUCUGUUGAGGGAAUUACUCAAGCAUACGCCCGACACGCACACCCACUACUCCGAGCUCAAGCAAGCGGUCGAACAGAUCGAAGAACUGCUGAACCUCCUCAACGACAAGCAAAGGGAUUCGGAGGCGCUCGCCAGGCUUGCUCGCAUUCACAGCUCCCUCAUCUGGAAAGACCAACAGCCGGUUCAGCUCGUCAUGCCCACCCGCAAGCUCUUGCGCAAGCAGAAGUUCUCCCGCAUCUACCGAGAGGAGCACAUCAACAAAGCCGCGCCGGGCUUGAUGAUGCUCUUCAACGAUUUGCUCAUCGUUACCAAAAAGCGCGGCCUAAAGAGGCACCGAUGCCUGAGCGCCAUCCCCCUGCGCUGUCUCAUACUGUGGGAAGGUACAACUGGGCUGGCAGCCACCCUCUGCUAG